UUGUAUGCGCGACGCGAGUAUGUAAGCGCAAUACAUAUAACGUAUGACGUGUGCGUGCGUUAUUUCGACGACGAGCCGCGACCAAACCGACCAAACGAUUAGCCGAUCGAAAGAUGGUCGAACGUGUACUUACAACCGAACGUUGGCGGAGAAACAGGUAUGAUCGAUCGGUAUAGAUCGAUCUGGAUAUAUAUCAAGAAUCCGUCCAUAGUUAUGUGUUCGUGCCGAUCGAUUUUUAUCAACGGCGUUUUAAUACGGUGCCUUACAGGAGAAGAAGAAGCGUGACAAUUGUUUAAAGGCUUAAAGGUAAAAGAAAAGUUCUGACGUUCCGAUAUUGAGAUCACGUCGUAGAACGGGCGACGAACGGCGCGCGUCGCACUGUUCGGAAACACUUGUGCGCAAAGUGAAUCGGUGGUUCCCGUUCUCGUUCCCGUUCCCGUUUCCGCCCCGGUUGAAUAUGACGUGAGAACUUGUACCAUAUUAUCUUAUUCUUUUAUCUUCGAGUAGCAGUACGUAUUUGUAAUUCCGUCUGUUCCCACUCCCUCUCUUCACUGCAAGCGCCGUUGUCGUAUUUGCUUCAAGUUAAGCGAGAGGAAUUGACCGCAACGUUACCGCGGCGAAUACGAUGUCCCGCCGUGAUUGCAAAUUCAACUCGUUUCCACAAGUUCGAUUCUCUCUGACUCGUCAUCAACGACUUCCGUUGGCAAACAAAUUAAUUAUAUCUUCUCACGUUGCUAAUAGAAUUUGACUAAAAGCGUUGCUAUUGUCUCAGUCUUGCAGAAUUCCGCAAAUCGAAUUUAACGAGUGACAUUUUUAUAAAAGCGCAUACGAGUUGCAUUGUAUAUCCUAUUCACGAGAAGCAAUUUUUGAAAAAGAUGUCGUUAAAUGUAAGAGCGAAUAAAUGGGCUCCCAAAUUGACGAUCAUCUUUCAGCUGACUAUUUGGGGUGUCGUUGGAAUUAUUCUUCUACAGAAAGGUGCAAUCUCUCUGUGCGAUAAAACGAGCGCGCGAAAUGAUGCGAUUAACAUACAGGAAAAAUUCACCAGGCGCAACAAAGGUGAAUCGAUCAGGGAAUCGAGUAACACAGAGGGUUACUUUAAAAUUAUAAAAUUGCGAAUCGAAACGCAACGAGUAAACGUCGUUACCGAUAGCCCUGCUGCUACCGUUGCUGACGACGAUGACGACGACGACGAUGCUACGCACAAAUUACACGACCCUCGUCGAACAAACAAUAUCGACGUUGGAUCCUUUAAAACGAUCCAGAGACGAACGACGACGACGACGACUCGUCAUGAACAGGACGUUAGAGACGUGCGUUCGAUUCAAACGCCAACGAUUUAUGGAACAAACACAAAUGAAAUGGAAUCGAACGAUAGCACGAGCGGUCCGUUCGAAUUCCAAGACUCCGGCUCAGUUGGCACGGUCGUCCAACUGAAGGAACCAAACAGUUUCGUCAAAGACGAAAAGAACCGAGAAUACGAAAGCGGUGAGAAAAUUGAAACGAAGCCGAGGCGUUCUUCCGUAAAUCGAGUCGGGGCGGUUAUCGCGAUAAUCAUGCUCGCGAUCGGAGUCGUUAUGCUACUUUUAGGGCCACUCAUUGUUAUUAUAAGUGCUAUUAGUAAUAGAAGACGUACCAGACAAGUGUUAUCGAAAGCAAGACGUGACAACGAUCAACCGCCUACUUAUGAAGAAGCAAUGUUGAUGGAGCAAGUAGCACCGAGAUAUUCGACACUUCAGCUUAAUACCGUAGCCAUAUUAGAUUCACCCCUUUAACUUAAUCCUUUCCCUCGUUUAUUUUUAUUAUUCCUUAUUUUUCUAAUCGUUUCACCUUUCGCCCAUUUCACCUUCUAACUUCAUGCCCUUCUUUUAAUUUAUAUGAAUUUGACACUAUACUGUACAUACAUAUGUAUUUACGUUCAUUAUACUUAUCGCAUAUACAUCAUAUGCACAACGCAUAUACUCGA